AUGAGCGAUCAGAAAUCCAACGAAAAAGGUGACCCAGACCGCAUUAUCAAUGAGUCUGGAGAUCAGGCCCCAAUAAAGAUUGACCAUGGAUCCCAGAUUUCCAUCAAUGUGCCAGCUGUCACCAAAGGUGGCAUUAAGCUUCAUCCACAGCCUACAUCUGAUGCACUGGAUCCCUUGAAUUGGUCAAAGUUUCACAAAAAUGUCAUUCUCGCAAUUGUCAUGUUCAAGUAUGUCCCAAUUGAACGAUUCCCAACUACCUCAUGCAUCAAGCUUACCCAUGAUGUUGUCAGAUACUUCUUGUUUACAUACCUCACAACGACCACGGUCCCCUCCUUCUCCGCAAUCCAAGCCCAAUAUCAGAUCAACUAUUCCCAGGUUAACUGGACAGUGGCCGUUCCGGCCCUGGGCCUUUCAGUUGGACCACUUAUAUGGUCUUCGUUCAGCGAAAUAUACGGCCGACGGGCUAUUUUCUUGCUUGGAACUAUGAUAGCUCUGGUAUCAACAAUUGGAGCUGCAGUUGCAGAUACAUACUCGGGUUACAUGGCAGCGCGCUUUUUUCAAGGAUUCGGCGUGAGCCCUGCAUCCACAGUUGGAAUGGCCAUCAUAAACGAUUUGUUCUUCGACUAUGAGCGCGGGCAAAAGCUUGGCCUUUGGGUUUUAGCUCUUGAUUCCGGGCUUCUUCUGGGACCGACAUUUGGUGGCUUUUUGAAUGUCGUUAGUGCUCAAUGGAUCAAUUGGUUCAACGCAAUUCUGUUCGCGGUGCUGUUAGUCCUGGAGUUGUGCUUCAUGCCCGAAACUCUGUACCCUCGGCAACAGAUGUUGCUCAACGAAAGCAUUAUGAAGCUCAAUGAGCAGAGCAUAUCUGACAACGAAAAGCGUGGAGAGGACAAAGGCAGCUCAACGCCACCGACAACCAUUCCAGCAGAAAUAUCAUUUUCGGACCCACUUCGAACACGAAAGUUACCCUUUAUCAACCUACGGCCUGUGCCGGGUAUGCGUCAUCCCAAGCCAUGGGAUUCGAUUGUUAGAUUUGGUCUUACAUUUCAGUUCCCUGCAGUGGUAAUUUCAGUUAUUGGAUACUCUUUUGUUUGGUACUGGUGGGUUUUGUCCGUUAUCACCAUGGUGCCGUCUGCAUAUGCAACAUACAGUCCUUUGAUACAAGGCUUGUUGUUUAUUGGUUUGUUUCUGGGAACAAUUGUUUCGGAAAUUUGUUGCUCUGGAAGUCUGAGUGACUACAUUGUUGGCAAGCUAUCGGAACGUAAUGGAAAUACUCGAGUUGCCGAAAUGAGACUUUGGCUUGCAUACCCUGCUAUAUUGAUUACUGCUGUUGGAUUGAUUGUCUGGGGCAUUAGCGUCGAUCAGAAUUAUCACUGGAUUAUCGGCCAGAUCGCUUUCUUCUUAUUUGCUGCGGGAAUUCAGAUGGGCAAUACAGUUGCUAGUAGUUACAUUGUUGAUGCGUACCCCUUACAAUCAACGAGUGUUGUCACUUUCUAUGCGGUCUUUCUUAAUUUGAGUGCCUUUAUCAAUCCGUUCUUUAUUGCUUCAUGGCAGGAAUCCAUGGGAUGGACAUGGACAUUCACUACACAGGCAUUAAUUGUUAUCGUGGGAGGAUCUCUGGUGAUGGGUACACUCCAUAGAUAUGGUGCUUGGAUGCGAGAAAAAGCACCCCAGCCCUCCUGGGUAAAUCCCGAGUAUGACAUGGGAAUUGAAAAUUAG